CUCUUCUUCUUCGCGGACAACAAUUCUCACGACCUUGGAUUUACGCACAACCACAAUAUGACUACAGCACACAGACCUACGUUUGACCCCGCACAAGGCAAAGAGGCCCUCCGUGGUCCGGCCUACCACCAGCGAUUGCUUCCUGCACACAAGCUUCUGAAGACACGUCAACUCGGCCAAGGCACCGAAGCCGAAGCCACCCAGCGCGACCUCCGCGCCGAACUCCUCCAGGCUGAGGCCGCCCAUUACGCCAAGAAGAACGGAACCCCCCUUGAUGAGCCCACGGUCGAGAGCGUGACGCCCAAGCGUCAGUUGGAGGGUGGUUCGCCGGGUGGAGAUGCAGACACAGGAGAGCAGGAAGAAGAUAUGGAAGCGAAACGGCGAAGGAUAUUAGAGGAAACGAGAGACAUCGACGCAGACUCGGAUGGGUCGGAAGAGGAUAGUAGCGAUGAAGAUAGUGAUGACGAGGAGGAUGAGGCUGCCGAGCUCAUGCGCGAAUUGGAGAAGAUCAAGAAAGAGAGGCUGGAGCAGAAGGAAAAAGAGGAACGCGAGCGUGCGGCUGAAGAGGAAGAGAAACGAGAGUACGACAUUGCGCGCGGAAAUCCCCUGCUCAACCCUCAGGACUUCAGUCUCAAGCGACGAUGGGACGACGACGUGGUCUUCAAAAACCAGGCGCGCGGCACGGAGGAUAAACGGGGCAAGGAGUUUGUCAAUGACCUGUUGCGAUCGGAUUUCCACAAGCGGUUCAUGGGCAAAUACGUUCGGUGAACACCACACUACACUUGCUGAGAUUGAACUUCGCUCCUCAAUCGUGCUACAUUACAAUCUACCCACAACUGUAGGGGUGUUGCAACACUCAGGACGGGCUAAGCACCUACGGAAGUUCCGCAAGCUGAAGGGGCGAUGGAACCCCGGUUUUUUACCUCGUCAAUUGGACACUCGGGAGAUCCUAUGCGCUGGAGAUGCACCACCUAGAUAGCGAUAAAGUAUAGUCAUAAUACCCAAACCACUCCAACCAGACACGCUCGUCGAUUAGCUUCGUUAUCG